UAAUGUUUCUCUUUUUAUUUGCAGAUUUCUGGAUUUCCAGGAUUACUAAAUGGUAAAAUUUCGAAAUUAAGAGAUAAAUCACUUUGAUAUUAUUUAAAUUUUGAUAAUUUAUCACUUUUAAAAUUACAAGAUGGAAGAGAAGAAGAAAUUUAUAUUUUGAGAGAAAUUAUGUUGGAUUUUAUUAAAGUGAUGGAUCAAAAAUCACAAGUUCUAAUAGGAAAGAAAGGUUUUGGGAAUUAUUACGUGGAAUAUACAACGAUAAUUUCAACAAGAUUACAAAUAAGAAAGAACAUAAUUUAGUUUUAAAAAUUUAUGGAAUUUUGUUACGAUAAAGUAAGAUCAAAGGUGUGGUUAAAAAGAAGUGAAUUUGUUGCUGAAUUAGAAAAGGAACGGGGUUUGGAGAAAAGGGAUUUAAGAAAAAGAAAAGAAAUACCAACGAAAGACAAGGACGAUGAUACGGAAUUAGAUAAUAUAAAUAAAAUUAGUAACGAAGGAUCGAAUGAUAGGUAGAAUUACAGAAGGAAUAUCAAUCAAAAAAGAUUGGCAUGCUAUAGUUAAAUUAGUUUAGUUUUUAGAAUAGAUUAUAUAAUUUUUGUAUUAUUUUUUGUUUAAUAUUUUCUAGGUGUUUUAAAAUUAUGUAAUCAAAAUUAUUUGUUGCUUAAUUAAUAAAC